AUGAUUGAGCACGGAACCGACCGAUACUGGGCCGAACAGAAUUAUCCUUGGCUUUUCUACGGUGUCCUCAAGACCUUACUGGGAUGGGAUCCACGGGCUAAUGGGCGGUGGACGGAGCAGAGUUUCAAGGAAAUUGAAGGUGCGUUCGACUAUGCGGCACGAGAGGUGAUUGUGAAGGACAAGGAUAUCGUCAUUUGGCAUACAAUUGAUAUGACCCAUACCGUGACUCUGGAGCAUUUCCUCGUCAAGUCUGUCUCGGGUUUUCUGAAGCCGACUAAGCUCUUCGAAUUCAAACCUGCGUCAGACGUCCCGCAGAGUACGCAAGCUAUGGACAAGUGUGUUUCCAAGUUGAAGGGAAGCCAUGUCAAUGCCUUUAAGAACAAUUCAGAUCAGGAAAUAGAACCGGGCAUCUCUCGGACUUGUGAUCAAGUUGGAGUGCGAAUUUGGCUAGAGAAGUUUAUCUUUGACAUAGUUAUCACUGCCUCAAACGCCGCGGGAGUCCUCACUGCCAGCUGA